AUGAGCUUGCUAGGCCGCACGCGGUGCAUGCUGCCGCGCGGCGCCGUGCCGGCGCUGCGCACGCGCACGAUCGCCACUACGAAAGAACGCACACCGAUUGCUAUCGCGUUUGACAUUGACGGUGUCCUCAAGCAGGGGCCGGUCGUCUUGCCGGAAGCGCUGCGCACCCUCAAAAUGCUCGAAGGCGAGAAUCCUUGGAAUCAAAAGGUGCCCUAUCUCUUUAUCACCAACAGCGGCGGCCGCGACGAGAGCCAGCGCGCGGUAGACCUGUCGAACGACUUCCAGCAAAAGGUGGUGCCUGCGCAGGUCAUCCAGGCGCACACGGUGAUGAACUCGCUCCUUCCCCUCUACCAGGACAAGCCCGUGCUGAUGAUCGGCGGCCCCGAUCUCCCUGCGGGCGCCUCGCGCUCCGUACUCGAGGGGUACGGCUUUAAGCAGGUGUACACGGUGCACGACUUGCAAGCCUAUGCGCCCCCUUCGUUCCCGUACGCGCCGCCGGCGGCCGACCAACAGGCGGCCGUGCGCCACGUCGACUUCUCGCAGGUCGAGUUUGCGGCGAUCUUUGUCUUCCACGACAGCCGCGAGUGGGGCCGUGAUAUCCAGUACUGUAUCGACAUUAUGCGCGCCGAUAAGGGCGUGUUUGGCACGGUGCUCACGAACGAAGAGCUGCGCCGCCGCCCCAAGGUCCCGAUCUACUUUUCGCACGGCGACCUUUUGUGGGGCAACGACUUUAGUGUCGCGCGCCUCGGCCAGGGCGCUUUCCGCACUGCGCUCGAAGCCGUGUACCGCCGCGUGACGGACGGCGACGAGAUCGAGGCGGUGACCUUUGGCAAGCCGGAAAAGGUCACAUACGAUUUCGCCAACGGCCUCAUGCAGCAGCUCCUGCGCAACUCGUCCAAGGAGGGUGAGCUGCACGUCGCCCCGGAGAACAUCUGGAUGGUUGGCGACAAUCCCGCGUCGGACAUUAUGGGCGCAAAUAACUUUGGCUGGUCCUCCGCAUUGGUCCGCACCGGCGUCUUCCGCGACGUCGAAGGCCCCCCGGCACACACCCCCACCAUCAUUUCCAACAAUGUGGAAGAGGCGAUCCAGACGAUUAUGCAGCGCACAUGGUCGUAG